AUGGCGAACCUGUACUUUACGCACUCGAGUGCGCCAAUCAAGACUGUGGAGGAGAUCCAGUUUGGUCUGAUGGCGCCCGAGGAGAUCAAGAAUAUGAGUGUCUGCCACGUUCUCUACCCCGAGACCAUGGACGAGACGCGCACCAAGCCUCGUGACGGCGGUUUGAACGAUCCCAUGCUCGGUUCCAUCGAUCGCCAAUUCAAGUGCAAGACCUGCAACCAGGCGAUGGGCGAAUGUCCAGGCCACUUCGGCCAUAUCGAGCUGGCCAAGCCUGUGUAUCACCCCGGCUUCAUCAAGAAGGUGAAGAAGGUGUUGGAAAUCGUCUGCCAUAAUUGCAGCAAGGUGCUGGCGGAUAGAAGCGACCCAGAAUUUCUGCAAGCCGUGAACACCAGAGAUCCAAAGGUUCGAUUUAACCGGAUAUGGAAUAUCUGCAAGAAGAAGACCCGUUGCGAGAACGAGACCAAGGAGGUCAAGAACGACGAUGGAGAGUACAGUUUGGGAAUGAAGCAGGCUCCCGUCAACCACGGUGGUUGCGGCAAUAUCCAGCCCAGAGUUCGUCACAAGGCGUUGCAGCUCAUCGCCAAGUACGAGUCUUCUGGCGAGGAUGGUGUCAAGAAGAAGGAGGAGCCUCAAAUCACACCCGAGAUGGCUCACAACAUUCUGCGCCGCAUCAGCGAUGACGACCUGAGGGACAUGGGUCUCAACCUUGAGUACGCUCGUCCGGAGUGGAUGAUCGUUACUGUUCUGCCAGUUCCGCCUCCGCCUGUUCGUCCUAGUAUUUCUAUGGACGGCACCGGUCAAGGCCUGAGAAACGAAGAUGAUUUGACCUACAAGCUGGGUGAUAUCAUACGAGCCAACAGCAACGUCAAGCAGGCCAUUCGCGAAGGCUCUCCUGCACACAUUGCUCAAGACUUCGAGCAGCUUCUGCAGUACCACGUUGCCACCUACAUGGACAACGACAUUGCUGGACAACCUCGUGCUCUCCAAAAAAGUGGUCGUCCCGUCAAGGCCAUUCGUGCCCGUCUCAAGGGCAAGGAGGGUCGUCUCCGUGGAAACUUGAUGGGUAAGCGUGUUGACUUCUCGGCACGUACCGUUAUCACUGGUGACGCCAACUUGUCUCUCGACGAAGUCGGUGUGCCCCGAAGCAUCGCUAGAACUCUCACCUACCCUGAAACAGUCACGCCAUACAACAUCGGCAGGCUGCACGAGCUGGUUCAAAACGGACCCAACGAACACCCUGGUGCCAAGUAUGUUAUUCGCUCUGACGGAACCAGAAUUGAUCUUCGUCAUCACCGUCGAGCCGGUCAGAUUUCGCUCGAGUACGGCUGGAAGGUCGAGCGUCACUUGAUCACGGGCGACUACAUCAUCUUCAACCGUCAGCCCUCCCUGCACAAGGAGUCUAUGAUGGGUCACAGAGUUCGUGUGAUGCCAUACUCUACGUUCCGUCUCAACUUGUCCGUCACCUCGCCCUAUAACGCCGAUUUCGACGGUGACGAAAUGAACCUUCACGUCCCUCAAAGCGAAGAGACGAGAGCAGAGGUCAAGGAACUGUGCUUGGUACCGAUCAACAUCGUGUCACCGCAAAGAAACGGUCCUCUUAUGGGUAUCGUGCAGGACACUCUUGCCGGUGCCUACAAACUCUGCCGUCGUGACGUUUUCCUCACCAAGGAAGCCGUGAUGAACAUCAUGCUCUGGGUUCCCAACUGGGACGGUGUAAUCCCCCCACCAGCUAUCAUUCGUCCUCGACCAAGAUGGACGGGUAAGCAGAUCAUGAGCAUGGCUAUUCCCAACAUUGUCAGCUUGCACAAUGCCCCGGAUUCCAAGGAAGACAACCCGCUUAAGGACGAGGGUCUUCUUAUCCAAUCCGGCGAGCUCCUUUACGGUCUGCUUUCCAAGAAGAACAUCGGUGCUGCCAGUGGUGGUAUUGUCCACAUCGUCUACAACGAGCACGGCCCCGAAGCGUCUAUGAAGUUCCUUAACGGGGUUCAACAAGUUGUCAACUAUUGGCUGUUGCACAAUGGUUUCAGCAUCGGUAUCGGUGACACGAUUCCCGAUAAGUUGACCAUUGAGAAGGUGCAGGUACAUAUCGACGAGCACAAGGCGGAAGUCGAGGCCUACACUCAGCAGGCUACCGCCAACGAGCUCGAGCCUCUGCCCGGUAUGAACAUUCGUGAAACUUUCGAGAGCAAGGUUUCUAAGGCCCUCAACACUGCCCGUGAUAAGGCUGGUACCACUACACAGAAGAGUUUGAAGGACUUGAACAACGCCGUCACCAUGGCUUCCUCUGGUUCCAAGGGUUCGUCCAUCAAUAUCUCCCAGAUGACUGCGCUCGUCGGACAGCAGAUUGUCGAGGGUAAGCGUAUUCCUUUCGGGUUCAAGUACCGGACGCUGCCCCAUUUCACCAAGGACGACUACUCUCCCGAGGCUCGUGGUUUCGUCGAGAACUCCUACCUCCGUGGCCUGACGCCAAGCGAGUUCUUCUUCCACGCCAUGGCUGGUAGAGAAGGUCUGAUUGAUACCGCUGUCAAGACUGCCGAAACCGGAUACAUCCAGCGUCGUCUGGUCAAGGCUCUUGAGGAUGUUAGUGCCAAGUACGACGGUACAGUCAGAAACUCCCUGGGUGAUAUCCUUCAAUUCCUGUAUGGUGAGGAUGGUCUGGACGCUAUCUACAUUGAGAAGCAGCGGAUGGACCACCUCAACAUGUCAGACAAGAAGUUCGCUGACCGGUUCCGCCUCGACGUCAUGGAUGAGACCAGACCAGACGAGCUUGAUUGGCUUGAGUACGGUAAUGAGAUUUCUGGUGACCCGUCAGUCCAGCAACUUCUGGACGAGGAGUACGAGGCUCUCCUUCAUGAUCGCAAGCAAGUUCGCAAGAUCAACUUCAAGAGGAAGGACGACGAGUCGAUGCAGCUGCCUUUGAACAUUGUUCGUCUGAUGGAAACUUCCAAGAAGCUCUUCGCUGUCGAAGACUUCCAGCGGAGUGAUUUGAAGCCUCAGGAUGUCAUCCCUGCUGUCCAGGCUAUGCUCAACAGAAUGACCAUCGUUCGUGGCAACGACGAAAUCUCCAAGGAGGCCGACCGAAGCGCCACCAUCCUCUUCAAGGCGCAGAUCCGCUCCAGAUUGGCCUUCAAGCGUAUUGCUUGCCAACAGCGCCUGAACAAGAUGGCUUUCGAGCACGUCCUGGGAGAGCUGGAAGCCCGUUGGGACCGUGCCUUUGUCAGUCCCGGUGAGAUGGUUGGUGUCAUUGCUGCGCAGUCUAUUGGUGAGCCUGCCACGCAGAUGACCCUGAACACCUUCCAUUUCGCUGGUGUGUCUUCCAAGAACGUCACCCUGGGUGUCCCUCGUCUCAAGGAAAUUCUCAACCUGGCUCAGAACAUUAAGACCCCGUCCAUGGUCGUCUACCUGAGUGGCGAGGAAAACGCCAGCCAGGAAGCUGCCAAGGCCCUUCGAAGCACUGUCGAACACACGACCCUGCGGUCUGUCACAGCCGUCACUGAGAUCUACUACGACCCUAUCAUCACCUCGACUAACAUUCCUGAUGAUUUGGAUAUGGUCGAGUCCUACUAUCUCAUUCCGGACGAGACUCAUGACCGAGCCGAAGAUCAAUCCAGGUGGCUGCUCCGUCUCACGCUCGAUCGCCAGAAGUUGCUUGACAAGGAACUUACUGUCGAGGACGUUGCUAGGCGCAUCAAGGAGGAGUACCCCAACGAUCUCGCCGUCAUUUUCAGUGACAACAACGCCGAAGAGCAAGUUAUCCGCAUUCGCCCCAUGCACGCUGGCAACGAUGACAAGGACGAGGAUGGUGAGAAGAAGAUGGAGGACGAUGUCAUGCUUAAGAGAUUGGAGACUCACUUGCUGGACACGCUUUCUCUGCGCGGUGUUAAGGGCAUUGAGAGAGCCUUCUUGAAUAAGGAGACGAAGCUCAUCGAGACCGAAGACGGAGCAUUGCUGGCCGCCAAGGCUGAUGAGCGUUGCUCAGAGUGGUACCUGGAUACCUCUGGAACUGCUCUCCGCCAGGUCUUGUCUGUCGACGGCGUCGAUUCCACUCGCACAUACACCAACCACUUGUGGCAGGUUGUUGAGGUCUUCGGUAUCGAAGCGGCGAGAUCGGCACUUGUCAGAGAAUUGACGCAGGUGUUGGCGUUCGACGGUUCAUACGUCAACCACAGACAUCUUGCUCUUCUUUGCGACGUCAUGACCUACAGAGGUACGAUCUCCGCUGUCACUCGUCACGGUAUCAAUCGUGCAGACACUGGUGCUCUCAUGCGUUGUUCCUUCGAGGAGACGGUCGAAAUUCUGCUCGAGGCUGCCGCUGUUGGUGAACUGGACGAUUGCCGCGGUAUUUCUGAGAACGUUAUGCUCGGUCAGAUGGCACCGAUGGGAACCGGUCACUUCGAGGUCCUCCUCGACCCCAAGAUGUUGGAGACUGUCAUCAGCGACAACUCGCGCAUGGGUCUCAUGCCUGGUAUGCCUGUCAAGGGCGGCGAGGCCGGAGGUGCCGCAACCCCCUACGACUCUGGCUCUCCCAUGGCGGAUUCUGGAUACUUGUCGCUCAGCUCUCCUGCUGCCGGAAACUUCUCUCCCAUCGUGGGCGCUGGCUCAGAUUCCCCUGCCGGUUUUGGUACCGAGUACGGUGGAGGAGGCUUUGGUGGUAUUGGUUCUGUCAACCCGUACUCGGCGCAGAGCCCGGGCCGGCCAACAAGUCCAUUCAGCACGUCACCGACCUCGCCUUUCAGCAGCUACGGAUCUUUCUCGCCGUCCUCGCCGAACGCGGGAUACUCUCCCACUUCGCCACUCAUGGACGGUGCUGGCGUUCAGCCCUUCCUCCCCGUCGUUCUCCCCGACGUCACCCAUGCUGCGACCCACGAGCCCUGCAAGCCCCAACUACAGCCCGACGUCUCCAAGCUACUCGCCGGCUUCUCCCUCUUCGCCAAGGCACUACUCGCCCACCUCUCCAGCGCAGUACGCCUCGCCCACCUCGCCGAGCUACUCUCCUGCCAGUCCCAACUACAGCCCGGCAUCUCCCAACCUUCACGGGGCUGGUCCCACGUCGCCAUCGUACUCCCCUGCGUCGCCGACGUGGUCGCCAACUUCACCGGAGGCGUACUCGCCGACAAGCCCGAGUUUCAACCAACGAACUCCUGGGGCGCAGCAGUCUCCGACCAGCCCCAGCUACUCCCCAACCUCACCUUCUUGGUCUCCGAGAACCCCUGGACCCGGUGGUUCUGGAAACUAAACGUGUGUCGAGCUCUGAUGAGGCAUCCGAUCGUGCCUUCGGUUCGCCACUUUCUUUUACUCUCCUAA